AUGGUGGAUCAGAAACCGAACCUGCCACUUAUCUUCGCAAUCAGCAGCGGCAUAGCCCUCGUGCUCCUUAUAGUCUUCACAGCCAUCACUUCCUACAAACGCCGACUCACUCGCCCCCUCCGGCUUAUUCUUGGCUCGACGUGCGUUCUUGGUGCGACGGGCUUGUUGGCUUUCCUCCUCUGCCAGUAUGGGCUGCAGACGAAGGAAGUGGAGCUGUCAGUUGGCGACCAACUUGUGCUGGCCCCAAAUGCGGACGCCGACCUCAAUACCCACCUUUUCUGGUCCUUCUGCGACAGCCUCCGAAUCUCCAUGAACAAGCCCGGCCUCACUGUGUGGACGGCUGCGGUGUCCCCCAACCGAAUAACCGGAAAGACUUAUACAUUACUCGUGCAGGUGCCCGAGGAGUCUCCAUUGGUGGUGCCACUUCGUCUCUCCAGCGGUGACCGCCUCACAGUGAAGUCCGCCUCCGAGGACACCCAGCUGGCAGUCUAUGCACACGAGAGGAACUGGCUCGAGUGGCGGACCGCAGGGCUACAACAAGAGGCCCACGAGACCUGCUGCGCCUGGUGGCAGCUCAGACCCGUCCAGAAGGCUGCGACUGUCGACGUGCAAAUGCACAGCCUACAUCGUCUCAUUCUCCGCGGUCCACCGGGACCGAUCGAGGUCGCCAUCAAUCGAUCGAGCUUCGAGGCCGCUGUGUGCGACCCAGUGGUCUGUGAUGCCUCCCUCGUGAAGUCCUGUCGGCUAGACGUCUUUGAAAAGGCCAGCGUCAUGGACGUACAAGUAAAAGAGGGCUCAAUGAGCGAAUUUUUCAACCUCACCGUAUGGAUAGAAUGCGAAAGAAAGAAUUGGGCCAUCGCGCUGUUGUCGAGUGUCAUUCCACUGAGUAGUUUGUUGGUCAUGUGUCUUAUUUCACUGUGGAGACGACAACGCCGAGACAGGGAGACAUAUUUGACCAGUCCAAUGUACGCGUACCCCGAAGUACAGACGAUUGGAGGAGUCGGCGGGGCAAAACAAGGUGUGGAUUUUGUAUAG